GGGCAACAGGUAAGGCCGCUGGGGCUCGAGAGCAGCACCGCUAGCAUGGAGCGUGACAGACCACUGAAAGGAAAGGGUGGAGGGAAGAGAGGUAAAGGUAGAGGCGGCGGCGGUGGCGGCCGCGGCGGUGGCGGUAGGCCAAAGUCGUCACAAGGCAGGGGUCACGGCCACCGACAUCAUGCUCAAGGCGACAGCUGGCGGAGGAACGGAGGAGCAGCACGAGAGAUGAUCGAUCGCGUGAGGGACGAAUCGGGGGAAUUGACCCAGUUCAUCACUGUCAGUCUCCGCAUGUGGGACUUCGAGCAGUGUGACGUGAAGAAGUGCACGGGUCGCAAGCUUUGCCGGCUCGGACUCGUCCGAGAAAUGGAGCUUGGCGCGCCGUUUUCGGGACUAGUGCUCAGCCCCAACGGCGAACUCACGGUGUCGCCCGCCGACAGGGAGGUCGUCGAGACUCUGGGCAUGUCGGUGAUAGACUGCUCGUGGGCCCGACUCGACGAGAUACCUUUCCACCAGAUGCGGAGGGGCCACCACCGCCUGCUCCCCUUCCUCGUCGCGGCAAACCCGGUCAACUACGGGAAACCCAUGAAGCUCACGUGCGCGGAGGCAAUAGCGGCCACUCUGUACAUUGUGGGGCACCAGGACGAGGCCGUGAAGGUGAUGGACCAGUUCGGGUGGGGGGCGGAGUUCCUGCGCGUGAACGAGGAUGUCCUGGAGACCUACGCGGCGUGCGCGGACGGGGCCGAGGUCGUCAAGGCCCAAGCGGCGUUUUUGGCACGAUGCGAAAAAGAGGCCAACUCCCGCCGCGACGCCGUCUCGAUGGAGGACAUGAUGCCUCCCUCGUACUCCGACGAAGAGGAGUACGGCAACGACGGUUCCGAGAACGGUGUCGAGAACGGUUCUUCUGAAGGCGUCACGGAGAGAGGCAAAAAUUGCCGAAGAGCGCGCGGAGGAGAAGGAGAGCGGGAUCGGUGGCGGUGACGGCGGAAAGAGAAACGGCGAGCCGUGUCCGGCGGACGAGGAGGAGGCUGUCUCUGUUGCUACUUCAGACAGCCGAGGGGCGGCGGCGGCGGUGACUGAUGGAGGAGACGCUGCCAAGCAAUUACCCCGAUAGCCACGACCGCUAGCCGGUAGUCGGCCUUAUUGAUGUCGGUCGUGAAAAGCUCAUGUACCAAUCGUGAUCCUCUUCAGAGUGAACCAACCGUAAGUAGAAGCAAAGUACCUAGGUGGCUGAAGAGUGCUGCAAUGUGAUCGGUACUGAUGUAGAUGUCGGAUGACUUCGGGAUUUUCGGAGAUUGCAAUUGUUGUUGUACAUAGUGAGGUCUUGAAGGGUGUUUUCGAGCGUGUAAAUCUGUUGUUUUGGUUUUUCUGUCAGCGGCCUGGAAAUGGUAGCGGACAGAUUGGAUUGUGGAAUUCUUUUUUUGGGGGGGGACUCCGCUGUUCGUCCUUGACGAAUGGAAAGACGCCAGUCUUACCUAGCCAACAUGACGCCCAUCCUCGGGAUCCCCCGACGCGGGCUUGUGUACUGUGUGCCUUAGUCUGAUGCGGGUAUUUUUUUGUUGUUUUGUUUUUCUCCUAUCACUGGACUCUGCCGUCUGCCCCUCU